UCUGAGCGAGCAAAUUGAUUUGAACCUUUUGUUUCUGUCUUUUGUAAUGAUUAAUCGCUUACAAGAUAAGGAAAAUAGAGAGAAAUUAAGAAACAGAUAACCGCUGAUAAACAUGAGGACGGAGGAGAAAGAAGAAGAAGAAGAAGAACAAUGGCCAUCAUCAAGAUCAGCUGACGAGGUUUUACUAAUUGUUCUUCCAUAUCUCCACUCACUCUUCGAGCUUCUCUCCAUGACCGGCGUUUCACGCUCCUUAAGAGACGCGAUCAGAGACGAAACAGCUUUGUGGACAAAGAUCGUUGUUGAACCACCCCUGAGUUCUCGUCUAACCGAUGAUAUUCUAUGGGAGAUCACUUCCAAAUCCUCCGGAAAAUUAAACACUCUGAUCCUCCGACAGUGUCUUAGGAUCACCGACAAGGGGCUCAGACGCGUGGUUGACGCAAAUCCUCUCAUCAGAAAGAUAAUUGUGCCCGGAUGCACUGAACUGACUCCAGAAGGAAUCAUUGGAUGUGUUGAAAGCUUGGCAAACGUGGAGACACUUCACAUCAACGGCGUACACCGCUUCACUAAAGACCAUCUCUCAGCACUCUCCACUUGCCUUCCUCACGAGGGAGCCAUAGAUGUCGAGGUUUGUCCCAAAUGCAACCAAGUCAUGAUGAUUCCGUCCUGCUCAAGAGCGUCUUGUAACCGUGGGAGAAGGCAAGAACGAAAGUGCAGGGGAUGCUGGUUCUGCGUCUCUAGAUGCAUGGAGUGUUCAUUGUGCCUCGGAUCAGACACUGAGAUUCAAGAGGCAGCCUGCGGUGGCGACAGUCUGUGUCUCGAAUGCUGGCUUGUGCUUCCAAAGUGCAGGUUCUGCAAUAAACCCUAUUGCACAAGUCACAGCAGUCUGCGACAUGAUAUUGCAACCAAUGAUCCUUCGGCUCAGCCCAUGUUUGAAUGCGAAGCUUGUCACUACAGGGCAGGUACAAACCCAUAUGACGCUUUCGACUAUCAAAUCUAGAAAAAAAGACUUGUUUUUAAA